AUGGACAAGUACACGGGCAUAAUCACAGAUGCCAAAUUUUCAAAACUGGCACUAGAAACGUCCAACUUCCCGAAGGAUUUGAACCGGUGGGAGAGACUUUUGAACUUUCUGAUAGCUGCAUCAGGGCCAAUCGACAAGACCCUCGAGAAGCAAUGCUACGAACUCAUAUGCUCGACGUACGACUCGAUGCUCUCCGCAUUCCCCUUCCUGGAAAACUAUCACGUCGAUUACGCGCUCUUCGAAUACAAACUGGGCCACGUAGAGCGCACGCGCAGGAUCUUCCAAAGGGCACUCAGCCGGUUCAACAACAGGUCUCUCCUCAUAUGGGUGUUCUACUUACAGAUCUGCAACAAACUCGACACAGAUAACAAGCAGCUCUUUGCGAAGUACGAAGUUGCAGAGCAGUACAUCGGCAUGCACUACCUCAGUUGUGAGUUCUGGGAGAUGUACUUGCAUCAGCUGAAGAGCAGGUGUAGGUCCGAAAACAGGUACAUGAUCGUGCUGAGGAAGACACUGGAACUGCCCAUCCACGACUUCAGCAGGUUCUACACGCGGUGGUUGCAGAGGAUUGAUUCCGUGAGAGACUUGUCAGAACUCACUCUGUUCGCACCAAGGGAGGAACUGGCACAGAAACUGAAGAUAGAAGUGGACUACCCGGGGAGAAGGGGGCCUUACUUGCGCGAAUGCAAAAAGCAAUUGAAGAAAUUCACCAAGGAAUUGUACAUGGUCGUCCAAUACCAGGUGAUAGAAAUGUAUACCCUCUUCGAAUCAAAGAUCUCCACGCAGUACUAUACCUCCCCACAGACGCUGAUACCAUCCGACAUAAUCGAAAACUGGCUUAAGUACCUGGACUUCACUGAAAAACUGCACGUGGACCCGCUCACGCAUUUGAACUACCAGAGGGCGUUGCUGCCCUUGGCUCACUACGAUGCAGUAUGGAUUCGAUACGCGCGCUGGUUGAUCGAGGAGAAAUGCGACCUGGUAACCGCUAAGAACGUUCUUGUGCAGGGGUUACAGCUCUGCAAUAGAAAGACGGGAAUUUUGAAUCAUUUGUAUGCACUGCUUGUGAAGAUGAACGAACUGUCUCUCUUAGACGGCGUGCUCAAGCAAACUGAAGCGUUGUUCGACAACUCUGUCGAAGUUUUGAAGGAUUUCGAAGUAUUUUGGGACUAUAUACAAUACGAGCUGUUUCUGCAGAGGUCCGUCACCCAGAAGAACAGUAGAUAUGGCGGUGCGGACGACUCCAGUAAUGAGUUCAUACCGGGGAAGUUAUUGGGAAGAAUAAAAGCAUGGCUAGAUUUGGGAGACAGUAGAACGGGACAAACCGAAAUAUUGUCCAUGCUCAUUGGCUUGCAAACCAAGGGGAACACACAGGUCAUCGAACAGGUCUUCAAUUACCUACUAAAGGAGAGCGCGGCAAGGGAGUUUUACCACAACAGUAGUUUUUUUUGGAGAUACUACUGUCUCCUGGUCUUUCACGAUCUGUCGAAAUCAUACUUGGAAAGAAGAACUUCACUCAUCGAAUCCGUAUGGUCACAAGUCCCCAAAGCGAACAAGGAAGUUGUCGCAACUUUACAUGACUUCUGUGAAUCGUAUAUUCCGGAAGAGAUCGAUACAUUACGGGGGAUGUUCGGACUGUAA